CUGCCGGAGCCCGGAGGUUACCAGAUGGCCGCGCCGGAGAUGUCGGGGGAGCCGGGGGCGCCGGGGAGGUGGUCUCUUCACGGCAAGACGGCCCUCGUCACCGGCGGCACUCGCGGGAUUGGGCGCGCGGUGGUGGAGGAGCUUGCGGCGCUGGGGGCGGCCGUGCACACCUGCUCCCGGAAGGAGGCGGAGCUGGGCGAGCGCCUCAAGGAGUGGGAGGCCAAGGGCUUCCGCGUCACCGUCUCCGUCUGCGACCUCUCCGUGCGGGACCAGCGGGAGCGCCUGGUCGGCGAGGUCGCCGAACGCUUUGGCGGCAAGCUCGACAUCCUCGUAAACAACGUGGGGACAAACAUAAGGAAACCAACUACUGAAUACUCUGCAGAAGAGUACUCUUUUGUGAUGGCCACCAAUCUUGAAUCUGCAUAUCAUUUGUGCCAACUCACACAUCCUCUUCUAAAAGCAUCUGGCUCGGGCAGCAUUGUUUUCAUAUCAUCUGUCUGUGGAGUAGUAGCCGUAUCUAGCGGCACUAUAUAUGCUAUGACUAAAGGUGCCAUUAACCAAUUAACAAAGAAUCUAGCAUGUGAAUGGGCGAAAGAUGGCAUACGAACCAACUCUGUUGCUCCAUGGUACAUAACGACUUCACUUACAGAAGGACUUUUGGCGAAUAAGGAAUUUGAGGCCUCCGUCGUGAGUCGAACUCCACUUAGGCGUGUUGGAGAACCAGGCGAAGUAUCAUCUCUAGUUGCUUUCCUUUGCAUGCCUGGUUCCACUUACAUAACCGGCCAGACAAUCUCAGUGGAUGGAGGUAUGUCUGUCAAUGGGUUCUAUCCAGCUUAAAGACUGUCAAGGAAGAGUCAAUAUCUCUCGCUGCUGCCCAGGUGGCCAGUCAUAUCCUCUGUUCUCGGCAAAACCAAACCAGAAUAAAUAUUGUUGUAAAACUGAGCUCAUCAUGGAUCAAGUCUUCACGUUUAAUGGCCAUUGUGCAAGUCAGCCAUGUGAAGAUGCUCUUCGUGAACUUUGUGGAUUGGACACGUAUAAUUCAUCUUUUGCAGGUUGUGGGUGGUGUUUAAA